GGGCCCUGGGAAUGUGGCACGGGGAGGUAAAAUGCAAGCUUGUUGCCCCCCAGUAACUUUGGAACAAGAUCUCCAGAGAAAAAUGCAUAGCUGGAUGCUGCAGACUCUAGCAUUUGCUGUAACAGCUCUCGUCCUUUCGUGUGCAGAAACCAUCGAUUAUUAUGGGGAAAUCUGUGACAGUGCAUGUCCUUGUGAGGAAAAGGACAGCAUUUUAACUGUGAGCUGUGAGAACCGAGGGAUCAUCAGCCUCUCUGAGAUUAAUCCUCCCCGUUUCCCCAUCUACCACCUCUUGUUAUCCGGGAACCUCCUGAACCGUCUUUAUCCCAACGAGUUUGUCAAUUACACUGGGGCUUCAAUUUUGCAUCUGGGUAGCAAUGUUAUCCAGGACAUUGAGACAGGGGCUUUCCAUGGGCUGCGGGGUUUGAGGAGAUUGCAUCUGAACAAUAAUAAACUGGAACUUCUUCGGGAUGACACUUUUCUUGGCUUGGAGAACUUAGAGUACCUACAGGUCGAUUACAAUUACAUCAGUGUCAUCGAACCCAACACUUUUGGGAAACUGCAUCUGUUGCAGGUGCUUAUCCUCAAUGACAAUCUCUUGUCCAGUUUACCCAACAACCUUUUCCGUUUUGUGCCCUUAACGCAUUUGGACCUGCGGGGGAACCGGCUGAAACUCCUGCCCUACGUGGGGCUGUUACAGCACAUGGAUAAAGUGGUGGAAUUACAGCUGGAGGAGAAUCCCUGGAAUUGUUCCUGUGAACUCAUCUCUCUCAAGGAUUGGUUGGACAGCAUCUCUUACUCGGCCCUGGUGGGGGAUGUGGUUUGUGAGACCCCCUUCCGCUUGCAUGGCCGAGACCUGGAUGAGGUGUCCAAACAGGAACUUUGCCCACGGAAACUCAUUUCGGACUAUGAGAUGAGACCACAGACGCCUUUGAGCACCACGGGAUAUUUACACACCACCCCUGCUUCGGUGAACUCUGUGGCCACCUCUUCCUCUGCUGUUUACAAACCCCCCUUGAAGCCUCCCAAGGGGACCCGCCAGCCCAAUAAGCCCAGGGUGCGCCCCACCUCCAGGCAGCCAUCCAAGGACUUGGGCUACAGCAACUAUGGCCCCAGCAUCGCGUACCAGACCAAAUCGCCGGUGCCUUUGGAGUGUCCCACCGCGUGCACUUGCAAUCUGCAGAUCUCGGAUCUAGGCCUCAACGUCAACUGCCAGGAACGCAAGAUCGAGAGCCUCGCCGAGCUCCAGCCCAAACCCUACAACCCCAAGAAGAUGUAUCUGACGGAGAACUACAUCGCCGUGGUGCGCCGAACCGACUUCCUGGAGGCCACGGGCCUUGACCUCUUGCAUCUGGGCAACAACCGCAUCUCGGUGAUUCAGGACCGCGCCUUCGGGGACCUCACCAACCUGAGGCGUCUGUACCUGAAUGGUAACCGGAUCGAGAGGCUGAGCCCGGAGCUCUUCUACGGCCUGCAGAGCCUGCAGUAUCUCUUCCUCCAGUACAAUCUCAUCCGAGAGAUCCAGGCCGGGACCUUCGAGCCGGUCCCCAACCUCCAGCUGCUCUUCCUGAACAACAACCUCCUCCAGGCCAUGCCCUCGGGUGUCUUCUCCGGCCUGACCCUCCUCCGGCUCAACCUGCGGAGCAACCACUUCGCCUCCCUGCCCGUCAGCGGGGUCCUGGACCAGCUCAAGGCGCUCAUCCAGAUCGACCUGCAUGACAACCCGUGGGAUUGCACGUGCGACGUGGUGGGCAUGAAGCUGUGGGUGGAGCAGCUCAAGGUGGGCGUCCUGGUGGACGAGGUCAUCUGCAAGGCCCCCAAGAAGUUCGCCGAGACGGACAUGCGCGCCAUCAAGUCGGAGGCGCUGUGCCCGGACUACUCGGACGUGGUGGUGUCCACGCCCACGCCCUCGGCCGGCCAGCUCCCCGCCAGGACCAGUGCGGCGGUGACCCCCGGUGUCCGCCUCAACAGCACCGGGGUCCCCGCGGGCCUGGGCGCGGGCGCGGGCGCCUCCUCCGUGCCGCUGUCCGUGCUCAUCCUGAGCCUGCUGCUCGUCUUCAUCAUGUCCGUGUUCGUGGCCGCCGGCCUCUUCGUGCUGGUCAUGAAGCGCAGGAAGAAGGGCCCGAGCGACCCCACCAGCACCAACACCUCGGACGUGAGCUCGUUCAACAUGCAGUACAGCGUGUACGGCGCCGGCGGCCCCGGGGGCCACCCCCACGCGCACCACCGCGGGUCCGCGCUGCCCAAGGUGAAGACGCCCGCGGGCCACGUGUACGAGUACAUCCCGCACCCCCUGGGCCACAUGUGCAAGAACCCCAUCUACCGCUCCCGGGAGGGCAACGCGGUGGAGGAUUACAAAGACCUGCACGAGCUCAAGGUCACCUACGGCGCCAACCACCACCUGCAGCAGCCGCCGCCCGCGCAGCCGCCUGCGCCCCCCGCGCAGCAGCCCCCGCAGCUGCAGCUGCCACCGGGGGACGACGAGCGCCGCGAGGGCCACCACCUGCGGAGCCCCGCCUACAGCGUCAGCACCAUCGAGCCCCGGGAGGACCUGCUGGCGCCGGUGCAGGACGCGGACCGCUUUUACAGGGGCAUUUUGGAACCAGACAAACACUGCGCCCCCAGCCCCGCGGGCAACAGCCUGCCGGAGUAUCCCAAGUUCCCCUGCAGCCCCGCUGCCUACACCUUCUCCCCCAACUACGACUUGCGGCGCCCCCACCAGUACUUGCACCCCGGAGCUGGGGAGGGCCGGCUGCGGGAACCGGUGCUCUACAGCGCGCCCAGCGCCGUCUUUGUAGAACCCACCCGGAACGAGUAUCUGGAGCUAAAAGCAAAACUCAACGUUGAGCCGGACUACCUCGAAGUGCUGGAAAAACAGACCACAUUUAGCCAGUUCUGAGACCCGAGACGCUGCUGGAACUUUUGCAUUGCAAGCAAGCAAGCAGACACACGGUGAACACGACUGGCUUGUUUCCACGUUUAGGGUGAAGUGCCUUGGCACGGGAUUCUCAGCUUCAGCGGAAGACACCGAAAGGGUGUGCGAUUUCCUUUACAUUUCACACCUGGGAAACACUUGUGUUAACUGGGCACCUCGCUUUCUCUCCUGGCCUGUGGGGGAGGAAGGGGGAGAGCUGGUCGCUUUGGCUGUGGGUGACUUGCUCAAGGUCCCAUGCUGUUUGCAGAGGUUGGAAGUGUUGGGGGUGGUGAGAGAUGGCCCUGCAUAGAUUCUCCUCUUGCUCUUUGGCUUCCUGGCUCGGUGCCCUCGGUGCCCUCCUCCCUUCCCCCUCUUUAAGCUAAGGUGGGUCUCCGUGGCUUUUUUUGGAGAGAUUAGCACAUCCCAAUUGAAUCAGAAAGUUCUCCCCCUUCCUUUGUCCCUCCCUCAUUUCUCCUUUUUUUUUUUAAAGGAUGUGUUUAUAUGCAUUCUGGACGUUUGAAUUAAAUAACAAAAGUAUUGUGAUCUAGACAAGAUCGCCAUAGAUGUGGACAAAUCAUUAAAAUUGCAGAGCUAUAUGAUCCAUAAUUGAUUAGUCAAAAAUAACUUAUUGAUAAAAUAUACGAAUAUUUGAUUGUAGCACCUAUUUUUAUAUGCACCUUUAGCAUUUCUCCUUCUUUCACUAUUUACGCUUUAUUUUUCAUGGAAUUGUCACACUAUACUACGAACUGUAUUUCCAAAACAAGUGAUACCAGAAAAGCAUUUUCAAUCAUAAAAAAAAAAGUGGAGAAAUUUUUAGCAAGGGUUUAAACCAAUGCAACCCACCCAAUUGGGCCUGUAUUAUUUUUUUAUUUAAAGAGGUUGAAUCCCAAUCUAAGAAAAUAUUUUAGGGCAAUUAAUUGGGCCACUUGAGUGAGAAUCAUGUGCAAGUGUUUGGUUUUCUUAGAGAAGAGUUAAAAGUAUUUUUAUUAGUCAACCAAAAGUAUGUAUUGAUUUGACUACUAUUGUAGCCGAUUUCUGAUUGUUUAACCAAACCCAGUCACGUUUGUACAGAUCCAAGUAUAUGAGCACCUUGUAAGAUCAAACAAGGGACUGUACAAAUCUCAAUAUGAUGUCUCUGUUCCUUUGGGCAGCAAGCAAUGGUGAUAACCACAGACAGGAUUUCUGUAAGAUGGGGCUACUGUUGUUAACAGUAUCAUAUGUAUCCCAGCACAUGUAAUUUUUUAAAUAGUUUCUGAAUAAACACUUGAUAACUAUGUCAA